AUGUGCAACUUGACCAUGAAAAGGGUCAUUCUUCAGACUUUGGCAAGAAAUAGCCCUGAGGAUAUAGAAACCCGCUACAAACGGACAGAUAAAUGGGCUGUUAAUUUAGAUAUGAAUUAUCUUGAAAAAAAUGAAUUUAUAGACGAAGCUGAUUUCAAUAUCAACAUGGGAAGCCUUUUUGCUCGUUCAAUGAGGGGUACA